CGUUCGCCGAGUGAGGACGGUUGGCGUUUUCGCGGCGCCGCAUGACGUAUCAGGUUAACGGGCGCCAUUGUUUUUUUUACAGCGUGGACCUCCUCCAGCCAGCCCUGCGCCCCUCCUGCCUCGGCGGCUCCUCGGUCAGAGCGAGGAGGCGCGUCGGUCUGCCCUCACACCCCGGACACCACCAUGGCUGCGCGCACCCGCAUCUCUGCACUGGGCGGACUCCUGCUUCUCCUGCUCUCCCGGGGAGCAUGGGCCAAUGUGGAGGUGAUGAUGGAGGACAGGGUGGAGGCCUUCAGGGGCAACUCCACUCAGAUCACCUGCAUGUUCACCUCAGAUGACGGUCCGGGGGGAGUGAUCAUCCAAUGGUUCCAUAUGAGAGGACGCGACAGGCAGAGGAUCUACUACGAGGACGCCACCACCCAGCACUACGAUCGAAACUCCCAGUUCAAAGAUCGGCUCACCGUCAACAGCACCGGCUCCGGCACCAGUGGGCAGGUGGUGAUGACCAUCAGAGACGUGAGGCUGAAGGACGAACUGGAGUACGUCUGCGUGGUCAAGAGCCUGACCGACGGAAUUGGAGAAGACAGAACCAUGCUCAGGGUGUUUGAAACUCCACAACUCCCCACUAUUGAGGCCGUUCAAAAAGGGAUCUCUGUCAGUGAUGCCACCCCGUCCAAGGUGGGAGUCUGUGAAGUCAAAAACGGCUACCCAAGUCCCAACAUCACCUGGUAUAGGAACCGCCAUCCUCUGCAUAAUGGCCGCGAUGGUGUGGAAGUGAUGACCAGCGUCACAGUGGAGUCCACCGAGCUCUACUCUGUGAAGAGUGAGCUGAGCAUGGUGGUGCAGAAGGAGGACAAGGAUGCUCAGUUCUACUGUGAGAUCACCUACCACACACCAGGAGGAACCAGGAUGACCGAGACCAAACCCAUUCAGAUCACCGUGUUUUACCCCUCGACCUCUGUCAGUGUGUGGGUGGAGUCUCCGAAGGGACUAAUCAAGGAAGGAGACACACUUGAGCUCCUCUGCCAAGGUGACGGACAUGAUCCUGCUGCAGUGAUGACCAUCAGGAAUGACUUGGUCAGUGUUGAGUCCAGCCGGCUGCUGGUGGAAAACGUGACUCGACUCAACAGUGGGGUGUACGAGUGCAGCUCUCUGGAUUCCAACACCUUUGAUGAAGUGGUGGGGAACACCAGCGUGUUUGUCAACUAUCUGGAUCCUGCUGUGGUGAGGCCACAGCAUGCAGAGGUGGCUCAGGGAGGAACGCUGGAGGCCAUUUGCAACGCCCUGUCCUCGCUCCAGACACACACCGCCUGGUUUAAGGAAGGAAAGCUCAUUUCAGUGGGUCACAGGCUGAUGGUCAACGCCACCAAGUAUGACACAGCGGGGACCUACAUGUGUGUGGUGACUGUUCCUGAGAUCCAAGGAAUGAAGACUGAAGGGACAUUAACAGUUCAUGUAACAGGCCCACCUGAGAUCCUGAACCCCGACCACACGGAGCUGCAGGAGACCUACGGGAGCAGCGUCCGCCUGCCGUGUGACGUGCGAGGCUUCCCUGCGCCCAGCAUCACCUGGCACACUCCCGACGGCCAGAUGCUGAAGGCCGACCCUCCGACAGACAGGAAGGAUGGCGUGGCCAGCGUCCUGAGCCUCAAGGUCUCGUCCGACAUCACAGCCGUCUGCAACUCGACCAACGAGCACGGCAGCAGCGCCAUCACCUACACCAUCAGAGCCCUUACACACUCCCCCACUGCAGCCACAGUUAGGACCCCCACUGUUUCCUCUGCCACAGUCAACGCAGUGUCUGAGCUCCCGCCAGAGAAGGUCCAGAGAGAGAGCAACGGCGUCGUCAUCGCGGUCAUCAUCAUCUGCAUCUUGCUGCUGGCCGUCCUGGGCAGCGUCCUCUACUUCCUCUACAAGAAGGGCAAGAUCUGCGGGCGCUCGGGGAAGCAAGACCUCACCAAGGAGAAGUCCAGCAAAGACAACAUCGUGGUGGAGAUGAAGAGCGACAACACGGAGGAGGCCAUUCUGCUGGGGGUGAACGGAGAGAAGCUGUCGCCCUGUGAGCAGUGAAGGGAGCAGGCGGCUCCCAGCUGGAGCCCUCAGCCUGCCACCUCCUGCCUGCCAGUGUCUCCAGCCUGGUCACCUGCUGAUCUCCACGCCUCUGGACUGCCUUCAUCUGGGGCUGCGGCCACGCUGAGGAGAAGUCCACCCUCUGUCUACUGUAGAUAUGACCAUCUGUGUAUAUACAGUACAUAUACAUAUAAAUCUAUUUUAUUUAAAACCCAGGGAAAAAUCACAAAAACAAGUGAAGGACAGCUUUUUCUAGAGUUGAGGAGGAUGCUCCUGGUCUGUACACUGAACCUGUCUCAGCCACGUCCUGUUUUCCAACUUCCCACUCUGUGACCACUUCACACCACAGUUGUUCAGGAGGAUUAUACCAAGGUGGAAGUUAGAUCUCCGCGGUAUCGGCCGUUUCUCGUGGCGCCUCAGGUGUGGGAAGGAAGCAGGUCAUGAAACAGUCCAUGUUUUGGGCCGUGAAUCGACCAGGUGUGUGUCGUGUGGUUGGUUCCUGACAGAACAAGCCAAAGAACAGUUGUCACCCAAUCCAACGACGCGUGAGACCAGUGUUGUCAGGCGCCAACAUGAGCGGACGCUCCUGCCUGAACUUCACUCUUUUGCUCUGUGAAUGUUUAAUGCACUGAUUUGGUUUGUGUGUUUUCCCCGCGUCUGACUGAACUAAUGGCUCGUGUUUUCGCAGCAUGAAGUCGCCCCCUGGUGGACGCAGUUUUCAUGACGAAUUUUUGGUGUGAAUAUUUACUUGAAGCUAUUAUUAAAAAAUGCCGUGCCUUUCAACCCCCACGUUUGAAUUUGGCGGUGAGAGAAGGGACUGUGUCGCCACCUACUGGCCCCCAGUGAGUGUUGCUUUUGAUUGAGGUCUUGUUUUCACCUUCUUCUUAAUUGUUUUGUUGUAUUCAUUUCAGCCAUUGCAAAGUUUUGUUAGUUGUUUUGGAAAAUUGGAAAUAAAAGUUCCACUCUG